AUGGCGCCGCUCCUGUUCGGCGGGCUGCUGAUGGGCCAGCACGAGGUGCACGACACGGUGCAGUCCACCGUGCACGCCGUCCAGCCGCUCCUGUCCAGCCGACGGCACGCGAGCCCGGGCCUCGACAAGCUGCUCCCGUGGCUGCAGGUCGCCGGGGAGGCCGCUUUGCUGGAGGGUGCGGAGGUGCUGCUGAGCGCCCGCGCUCGCGCGCUGGUGGUCACGCUGGACCGCGCCGCUGCCCUGGCCGCAGGCGACGCGCGCGCCGCCGCGGCGGUGCUCCUGCGCAGCCAGGGGCUGCUGCCGGCGGGGCGCGCGCAGGAGCUGGACCAGCAGCUCGCAGCGGUGGUUGCAGACGCUGAACAGAACAAGUGGGCCUGGCGGCGCGACGCGGUGCUGCUCAGCUCGCCCGAGCCUUGCGCCGGCGCUCGCGUGCGGGAGCUGCUGAGCUGGGCGGACAGCGCGCAGGGCAGGCGCCUUAUUGCGCUGGCGGAGAUGAGACGGGACGAGCCGUCGCAGCUCUCCUUGCUGUCCACGUGGCGCGGGCUGGGCUCGGACGGAUCCGAGGGCAGCGCGGUGCGAAGGCUGUGGCUGUUCAGCAAGCCCUGGGUCGGCGGCCUCCUCCUGACGGCCCUGCUGGUGCUGCCGCUGGCGUCGCCCAUCGACGCCGUGAGGUGGGCCUCGAUCUGCACCUUGGGCCUCACAGUCACAGGCAUUGCCUUGCCCCUGCUGGGGCAGAGCGCGGCCGCGGCGGCGCUGCCGCUGCUCCUCGGCGUAGGUCUGGCGGCCGCGCUCGUCGGCUACGCGGUGCUGGUCUCGGGCAUCUGGUGGAACCACCUGCUGGGCGGCUCGAGGCAUUGGGCGCAGUUCAGCUCCAAGCUGACCACGCAGCUCAUGGACCAGGCGGACAUCACCGCCGGCAUCGCCUACCUGACCCGCGAGUGGGCGGACAUCGCGAGGCGGUCCCUCUCGGCGCUGGACGAGGAGCUUCGCGGCAGCUGGCGGACCAGCCUCCAGAAUUUGGCCUCGAUCCUGGGGGACCUGCGGGAGGAGCUGGAGGCGGCGUCGAGCUCCCCCCAGCGCAGCUCCUCGGCCGCCUCCAGGGAGGUGCUCGGCGCAGGCUUGGCCUCCGCGCCGUUGUGGACGAAAGUCGACUUUGCGGUCAAGCAGGCGGCGCAGGUGGAGGCGGACCGGCUCAGGCUGGCGGCGGCCACGUCGGACCCGGAGGCGCUGCAGGACAUGAUGACCCAUUGGAUGGCGCGGGGGCCGGUGGUCCGCGUCGUGCCGUGCUUGGCGGACGCGCCCGAGGGGAAGUCGCUCAGUGAGCUGCACCUGUCGCAGCAGCUGCACAGCUGCCUCGGCUACCCCUCCUUCCACGAUGGAGCAGAACUGAGGCACACCGCCGACGAGGGGGACCUCGGCGCGGAGGACUUCGGGCGCCUGGAGGGGGCGCUGGCGGAGAACUUCCAGAGCCUGCAGGACCUGCGCCGCAGGUCUCUCCCGCACGCCGCGGAGACGACGCUGUUCUGCUCCUGGGCGGACGCGCUCAGCGUGUUCCGGCGCUUCCGCCAGGCCCUGCAGCUACCAGCCGAGGUGCGAUGCACGGGGAAGCACCCGACUGGCGCGGAGGAGGACUCCACCGACCGGCUCGAGGAGGUGCGCAUGGUGUCCUGCCUCUUCCUCGCGGCGUGUGCCGGCGCGGCAGGAGUCGUGGUGGCGGCGCUGCAGCGGCGCUGGGGCUGGAUGGCCGGCAGCGCAGCCUUCGGCGAAGCCAAUGCGGUGCUGUUGCUCAACUACUCGAGGUUGUUCUUGCCGCACGUGCGCAGGCGCCUGGAGCGCAGGCUCAGGCAGCUGUCGGAGCAGCGGGACGGCCUUCAGCGCGAGGUGCAGGACAUGCAGAAAGUAUCCCGCCGCGCCGGCGUCGUCCACGUGAGGGCCUGCAUCUUCAUGCAGAGCGUCAACGUCAUCCGCAACAUGAACUACCUGGCGCUCUGCGUGAAAGCCGAGGUCCAGCGGGCCGCCGCCGCCGCGCCGCGCGCUGCCGCGUCCGCGCCCGCGCGGCAGCAGGUUGCCCUCUGCGGCAUGCAGCUGCUGCUCGCCCUGCUGCCCCACAGCGACCCGCAGUGGCGCCGGGCGGCGCUGGAUGGCGAGGACUGCCGCGCCCUCGGCCGCGCACUCGGCGCCGUCGGCGCGGAGACCGCGCAGGUGAUGGACAGGCUGGAGGAGUCGCAGAGGCGGCUGUUCAUCCUCUUCCGGAUGGUGCACCUGAGCUCCGCUCUCCCGUGCGAGGUCCAGGGCCAGCUGGGGUCGCUCAGGGAUCGGUACCUGCGGCCCGUGCUCAUCGAGCGCCGGGUCCCAAUGGGCGGCGAGCCCGGCGAGCCCGGCACGGGCCCCUCAGGAUGCAAGGCGCUGAUGGACGCGGCGGCAGGCGACGCGGCCAGUGGCGCGUGGGCGUCCAGCAGCAGUGCGCCGGUGCCCGCCGACGCUUCCGCGCAGGACGGGGAGGAUGGCCUGGGGGACCUCAGCCUCUCCCUCGCUGGCGGCGGGCGAUGCGCCCGGGGCGCCGCUGGCCCGGUUUCUUUGGCGGUCGAUGCGGCGCCUGCAGACGAGGACGGCCUGUCCUGGUGCGACGCUUCGUCGCAAAGCAGCAGGUCCCUGUGCUCGCGCAGGGGCCCUGGGGACGACGCCGGCAAGGCCCUGCGCAAGCUCGUCGCGACCCGGGGAGACGUCAUCCGUGUUCUGGAGCGCCUGCCGCGGAGGGCGCUGGAGGCCGGGGGCGCGGACCAGCGCUCGGAGUCCGUGCUCGGCGACAUCUUCUCGUGCGUGGUGCUGGUGCUGCCGAGCUCCUGCUCUGGUUCGACGCGGUGCGCUCCCGAGGGAGGCGCGGAAGCCGCUGCCAGGCCCGGCCGCGUGAUCGCCUUUGCGACGGGCUACCGGCACGGCAUGCACCCCUACCAGCUGAAGGGUUCGCUGUGGACAGAUGUGCUGCUGCAGGCCGCCGUCCCCGCCGGCAAAGACGCUGGAGGAUCUUGGCGAGGCAUAGCGAACGUGGAGGUGCCGCUCACUUACCUCGUGGAGGAGGAGCCUGCGGAGGGGCACGCCGCGGGCGCCUUCGCCGCGCUGGCCGCGGCCUCCCCGCAGCGCUUCGGGGACGCCGCGCUGCUGAGCCGGCGGCGUACCCUCAAGCGCGCGAAGGAUACACUGCGGGCUGGCCUGCAAUAG